AUGGCAGUCUCUUUCCAUGUUUGCUCUGACAGUUUUCCCUCUAGACUUCACCCACAAGCCGGUCAUGUCGUUGAGAAGUUGGCUUGUUUGAGAUCUUCUGAGGAAGCCUCAACAUCUUCAAGCUCUUCUAUAUGCCAAAUACUUGACAACAUUCAAGAGCUUCACGAGUCUCUUGAGAAGCUUAUUCGCCUGCCUGUUACAUAA